AUGCCUCCACGGAGACGUAGCGAUUGGGAAGGGUCUACUGUUAACAAUCCGCCACAAAACGAUGAUAAUCUGUUUGCUGCGAUUCACGCUAUGGCUGAGGCUGUGCAUGAAACGGCGACUGCUACUACCCGAGCAGUUAACCGUUUGGGGGAACGUAAUGGAGAGCGUAACAAUGACCGUAACGGUGAGAAUGGUGGGAACGGUGAUGGAGAUAACAUGAAUCAUGAUAGGCCUAUGACAUUAGCUGCUUUCUUGAAAGUUAAUCCACCGAAGUUCAAGGGUACGACUGUAGCAACUGAAGCUGAUAAUUGGUUUCGAGGCAUAGAAAGGUCCUUCAGGGCACAACAUGUCCCGGAAGAACAGUAUGUAGAAUUUGCUACUUAUAUGUUGGAAGGGGAUGCUCAGCACUGGUGGCAGGGCAUUCAACGUUUACUGCAGCAAGAUGAGGGUAAUAUUUUGUGGAAUGUUUUCAAAGAAGAGUUCUAUAAGAAGUACUUUCCUAGAGCUACUCGUGAGGCAAAGGAGAUGGAGUUGAUGCAGUUAAAACAGGGAAGUAUGUAUGUUGCUGAGUAUACAAGGAAGUUUGAAGAUUUAUGUCAUUUUUCCAAGGUUUGUCAAGGGAAUCCAGCAGAUUUCGAAGAGUGGAAAUGUUUAAAAUUUGAAGGAGGACUCUGUGAAGAUUUGUUGAACUCAGUGGUUCCAUUGGAAAUACGAAAUUUUGCGGAGUUAGUUAAUAAGAGUCAGCUAGUAGAGGACUGUGCUAAGAAGAUAGUUGCAGCUCUGAUGAAUUGCCCAGGAUCUUCUUUUCAGAAUUAUAAUCGGUAUACAGCUCCUCAGGGAAGGAAUUUUAAGCAGGAAGCAAUGCCUUCACGAAGGUACAAUUAG